CAGGAUGAGGCAGAAUAGCAGAGGAGGAAAAGAGUGAACACAUACUCAGUGUGCAUAUCAUGAGGGACUGUUUUAGAGAGGAGAGACAGCCAGACAUCCCACGAGGCAUGUGCCUUUCUCCGCGAGACCGAAGCUUGUGAUCACUCAUCACCGCAGCUCCACCAAGGCACAGGAAGCAAGGAGGAUCCUCAAACACCACAGAGCUGCUUAAAAAAAUCUGAGCUCUGGGUAGAAGAGAGGACAGACAUGCACAGGUGCUGCUAGGGAGAGAGAAGAGAGUGAGAACGCUGAGAGACAAAGCGAGAAAGAGAGGGAGAGAGUAAGAGAGAGAGAGGAAGAAGGGGGGAGUGAGGGGAGGUGUAGGAGGAGACUUGAAUUGCUUCAGAAGGGAAUAGGAGCCGGAGAGCAAUUCCAAAACAGCUGUCCGGCAGACGUCCCAGUCGACAGAAGUGCAGCCCCGAGGCAGAGACAGGAGGCAGGGCAGUGUCAACAAGCCACAGGAGCAGAACAGCAGCCACUGAACACACACAUACAGACACACACAUCAACCUGAGGCUGUAGCAUUCAGGAGAACACCAGCGAUACCUGGGAAGGAUCAAGAUCUCACCCACUGGAUUAUCUGAGGAAAGCGGCAAUUUGACCUUUCUGUACGGGCAGACAUCACCAGUCCUGCUUGGAAUCCCAUUUCUUGAUCGAUGCCGCAAUUGCAGAAAAUAUUUUUGGAGUCCUGUCUGACCGGUGUGUUACUGAGAAUGUAACUGGAGCUCCUCCCGGGGGGAACUACAGGGUCCAGAACUCGUAGAGCAUUUCCGACUUUUCUAUCCUGCAUAUCUGAGAUCUCUCCCGCAGUUACAGCCAUGCCUGCAAAAGCACCCAUAUACCUGAAACCCACCAAUAGUAAGAAGGGAAAGAAAUGUCGCCUCAGAGAUAUUUUGUCCCCAGACAUGAUCAGUCCACCGCUUGGUGACUUUCGUCACACCAUCCACAUUGGCAAGGGCGGAGAGAGAGACGCCUUCGGAGACAUGUCUUUCCUCCAGGGGAAGUAUGAACUCCUACCUGGAAAAGCAGACGUCCACCCUCAGUAUGGCAUCCAAAGUGAGUUCCUGAGAGCUAACAGCACUGGCGAUGCUUCCUUUGCAGAGACCCCUUCUCCGGUGCUCAAGAAUGCCAUCUCCCUCCCAACAAUUGGUGGCUGCCAGGCACUUACCCUUCCCCUGAUCUCUUCCUCUGUGUUCCCCAUGCCCCCGGAGCCAUUGGAGGACAUCAUGGGGUCUACAGCUCUUAUGAAACCUGACAGCACAGAGGAGGUAGAGAUCCUGCAGAUGGAUGCUCUGUUGCGCUCCAUGGACGUCUUCAGCAGCGAACCCCCGUCUCCCUCCACAGAUAUCCAGUCGAAGCCUGAUGUCCUCCUUGACCUGCUGGAAAACAAAGAUAAGUCCACCUCAAAUGCAGUUGACAAAGCUAACAAAAUAAACAAGAGCGAACCCAGAUUUGACAAGCCAUCAUCCUAUUAUAUCAACAGUCACAGCGACAGCACCUUCAAAGCUAACGGAAGCCUGGACAGUAACGUGAGCAGCGACAGUUUUGACAGCUUUAGCGGUAAAGGGGACUUCCAGAACAAGAUGUGCAAUGGCAGCAGGAGUCUCAACGGCAACAGCAACUGCAAUGGUUAUGGACACUUUAACAAUGAUGUUACCCUGGGCUUCAAGCAGGAGCUCUCAAAGUGCAAUGGAGAGUGGGUGGACAGGGACAGUGGGGUGGAGGAGGGCCGCAUCUGUGAUUUUGAGUUUGAGUUUACCAAGGAGAAGAGCACGUCGCACGAUUCCCUCGCCCAGAUCACGGGGUCAUUCCUCUCCCUUGAACUUGAUCUGGGCCCGUCCAUCUUGGACGAUGUGCUCAACAUAAUGGAUAAACCCGCAGUGAAGAGCAGGCCUUGAGCUGCGCUGAGGCCCCAAGAGGAGAAAGGGAAUUAUUAAACUAUAGCCAUGAGGAGACAAAGACUAAGUAAGCAAUCAAAAUGGUGUCUGGAUAUAUCAUUGAGAUGAAAAUGAGCUACAAUAGACCGAGCUGCUUAUGUUUUUAUUGUCAAAACAUUUAACUAUUCUAGCUUCUAUGGAGUGUUGAAUUCUUCUUCUUUUGAUUUGUUUGCCAUGCCAGCCGCAUGUUUAAGAUGCAUGUACUAUUGAGUUACAGCUGAAACACAGCCAUCGUGCCUUUGAUUUUACAUUUCUGUAAAAAUGCUACAUGAUAGAUUUGUGUUCUUAUGUUGACUCCCACCGUUUGUACACAAUAACUUUGAGGUCUUUUGCUUUUUUACACAGUCUUGAACAUAUUGCGUUGUGUGUGUUUAACAAAGCAUUAUUUCGUUUGCCACAAAAUUCAUAAUUUGCCACACUUCAGACAGAACACUAUGCAUAUUUGUGUUUUUAAAACUGUAACACAAAUAAAUUCAUUUUCUCCUAUUCCGGCUAA